AUGUAUACACGUUGUCUUGUAUUAAAACAAAUUGUUCGAAAUUUCAUAACACCGAAUUCAUAUAAUCGUCUUGUUCGUUUUCAAUCAUUUGCAAAUCCAAAUACAGCAAAUACUUUACAAGAUUCAAAGUCAUAUAAUCGUUUUAAUACCGGAGAUAUUUUUCUUGAUUUAACAACAGAUUAUAAUCGUAAACGAUUUGUUCAAAGUGAACUUGUUACAAAUGCUAUUAAAAAUAUCAAUAAUAAUAUAUCUGAAAGACUUAGUUUAUUAAUAUUAACAGCUGCUGCUCGAUGUGUUCAUCAUGUUACACCAGAGAAGCGUGUUGAAUUAUUAGAAGAAGCAUGGAAAACAUUAAAUGAAAAAAAAGUUCGUUUAACAACACGUCAUUAUGAAACAUAUUUAAGUGGUUUAAAUGAAAAUGGUUUUAUAUUCGAUGCUGAUUAUUAUUUAAAAUUAAUCGAUAGUGAACAAAUACAAGCAACACCACGUUUAUAUAGUUUACUUUUAACUCAAUAUUGUCGUGAAGGUAAUACAGAUCGUGCACAAAAUUUUUUAAAAAUGCUUAAAGAACGUAAUGUAAGCAUCGACGAAGAUAUAUUUGCUGCAUUAAUUGUUUGUCAACUUAAACUUGGAAAUGAUAAAGGUGCUAAUGAUAUAAUACAAAUUAUGAAAGAACGUGGUUUACAACCAACAAUAUCAACAUACAAAGAAAUUUUAACAGCACUUAUUAGUGAACAUAAAUUAGAACAAUUUGAAUAUUAUUUUGGUCAGAUUGAAUCUCAACAACGUCAAACAUCAUCAUCAACAGUGUAUAUUGAUUCACAUUUUGUUGUUAUUCUACUUGGACAAUGUAUUUCAUAUAAAGAACGACCUAUAUUUGAUUUAUUAUUAAAUACAUUAAAAGAACUUGAUCAUGGACGUAUACCAAAUAAUUUAUUUAAUUUAGCUAUACAAUGUGUAACCAAUGGUUGGCAUGAAUCAGCUAUUGAAUUAUUACAAAUGCAAUCGGAAAGUGAAAUAGUUGAGGAAUCCGAUUCACCUUAUCAAGGUAUUUAUGGACGACAUUGGGUACUAUUUUUCAGACAAUUACUUGAGAAUAAAGAACCACAUUUAAUCGAUAUAUAUCUUGAAUUAAUGAUGCAAAAAAAUCUUGUACCACUUGAUAGUAUUCUCCGUGUUUUGUAUACAACAUCAAAUGAAGAUAAUCGUUUAGCACUUAAUUAUCUUGAACGUGCACAAGAAUUACAUCAUCCAAUGCGUACAAAUUAUUUCUAUCCACUUUUAUUAAAUGCAUAUUCAUCUGAAACAUCUCAAAAUUGGACCGACGAUGAUCGUUUACGUUUAUUUCGUUUACUUGAUCGUUUAUCUAUACCAAUUGAAUCAUCAACAUAUUCACGUUUGAUUCAACAAUCAUUUCAUCAAUAUUAUAAAAAUGAUUUUACUUCAUUAUUAAAUAUGUUAGCAACAAAUAAUCUACAAUCUAUACUUGAUCGUAUAAGUCGUUUGUUAUUAGCUGAUAUUCGACGAAAUAUACUUGAUUUAAAUAUUGUUCAACAAAUAGCUCCAUAUUUUCGCUUACAAACACGUACAAGACAAGAAGAAUUUGCAAGAUACUUAUUUUCAAUUAUGUCUAAUAUAUCAACAAAAACAAAUAAAGAAAAUCCCGAAGAUUCUUCAUCAACAUCUAUGAAUAAAUUAACAUCAAUAUUUCAAUUAAUUGAUUCAAUAUCAAAAACUGUAUCAGAUGAUAUUCCAAUGCUUAAAUAUGAAUUAUAUUUACAUUUACUCCGUUAUUCAGCACAACAACGUCGAACUGAUAUAACAACUCGUUUAGCUGAACAAUGUAUUCAAGAAAAUGUUAAAUUAGGUGGUUCAAUGAAUGAAAUUGAUUUAUUAACUGGUUAUACUUUACCACGUGAUAUUGUUGAACAAUUAGCACGUUAUAAACCAGGUGAAUUAUCAUGGAAAGAAAAACUUUCAUCAAUGGAUAUACAAAAAGCAAAUCGUUCGAAAUUAGAACAAAUAUAUCAAGAAGCAAAACAAGAUGGAAGAUAUCCAUUUAAUGUACAACAACGAUUAUUAAAUAUUUAUAUUCAAAAAAAAUCUAUUCAACAAGCAUUUACUCUUUUACAUGAAAUGGUUUCAAAUAGAAAUCAGAUCGAUUCAUCUGUUCUUCACCGUUUAUUCGAUCUUACAACUGUGAAAAUGGAUGAUAAAAAUGAUACAUCAAAAGCAGAUCAUCAAAAUGAUUUAAAAUUCUUAUGUGAUCUAUAUGAAAAAUCAUUUGGUCUUGUUAAUUUACCAUCAGAAUUAAUAUUUCGUUUAGCACAUAUGCAUCUUCUUAAUGGUGAUCAGGAGACUGCAAUCAAAAUCAUAUCAAAUAAAAUAAAUUCAAAUUUAAAUAAUGAAACUUAUCAUUAUUUAAUAAAAUUUCUUGAAAUAAAUUCAUCAGUAAUAACUAGUGAUGGUUUAAUAUCAAUAGGAAAUUUAUUUCUUAAUUUUCGUACAAAUGAAUCCGUACGAAAAUUCUGGAAUUUAUUUUUCGAUAUUCUGUUAGAAAAAACAAGUCCACAAGAUGUUGUUCAAUAUUAUUCUGAUGCUAUGAGAGAAAAUAGCAAUGUACCGUAUCUUCAUUUAUUUGAUUUAUUUAUUCAAAAAGAUGAAUUAAAUCGUUUACAAGAUAUUGUUGAUAUAGCAACAUUACAACAUGGACCACGUAAUGUUUUACAUGAUCUUGGAUUUUCAUUGAUACAAAGUGGUAAAAUAAAACAAGCUGAAAAAAUCUUUCAAACACCAUGGUUAAAAGCAAGAAAUGAUCGAAUUAAUUUACAUGCUUUACUUUUUGCUGAUUCAAAUAAUCUUGAUGCAUUGAUUGAUUCUAUUAAAUUAACGCGAAGUUUAGCUAAUGUUGAUCAAAAACAAUUAUUUACAUCAGCUAUUCGUGUGGCUAUACGUCUUGAUAGAUCAGAUGUUGUCGAUUGGUUAUGUAAAGAUAUACAAGAAAAUCAAAUUCAUCUUGAUAUUCGAAUAAAAAAAUUUCUCAAUGCUCAUUUAUUAUCAAAAGGUCUUGAUCCAUUAAAUAUAACAGACAAUGAAAAUAAUGAGAAUUCAAUGCCAUUCGAUGACACAGUACCCGCUCAGGAACAGCACAAGAUGAGUGCUCAAAAUUAA